AUGGCUGUCAGCUCCGCCGCCCCUGUGCCCACCCAACGUCUAAAAAAUUUUGCGUUAUCGACUGCCCGAGUCAUAGUCCCGCAAGAAGCAUUAUUUACCAUUUACUUGAAUAUCUCGAUGUCACUUCCUCGGAUCGUCAAGGCUAAUCCAGCCAGGACGGCUUUCUUUAUCUGCGAUUUACAAGAACGUAUUCGGGAUGUGAUAUGGAAAUUCAAUGAUAUUGUGUACACGAGUAAUAAGAUGCUCAAAAUGGCCAAGAUCCUCAGUGUGCCGGUUCUCACGACGGAACAACAUCCUCGAGUGUUCGGCUCGACGGUUCCGGAACUCAAGUACGACGGCUUGGAAUCACACCUAAACUUGGGAGUAUUCUCCAAAUCAAAAGGUCGAAGAGGUAUUAAACGGUCGGAUAUUACAGAUGUGGUCUUGAUGGGGAUCGAGUCUCAGAUUUGUAUUACUCAGACUACGAUUGAUUUAUUGAGGAUGGGUAUUGACGUCCACGUACUCGCCGACGGGGUGUCUUCUUGCAACCGCGAGGAAAUUCCUUGGGCGUUGGCACGGAUGCGUCAGGCGGGCGCGCAGAUAACAACGAGCGAGAGUAUGCUCUAUCAGCUGAUCGGUGAUGCGUCGGGGCCUUCAUUCCGUGCCUUUGGAGCUGCGAUGAAAGAGGAGCGCGAGCGGAGCAAGCAGGUUUUGAACUCGCUCUUGGGCGAUGAGCAAUUUAUUCUGAGCAUCCCAUCCUUGAGAACAAGUCCGUUCCACUGGCUCCAAAAUGCCGAAGCUGCCUCAGACCGGCGCGCCCUACUAACUCUCCACGCCGCAUAUAACGAGAGGUACCGAUAG